GAUGAAUCAUCAUUAUUAUUAUUAAUGAUAAGGGAUAUAGUAAGAAAUUAUUUUCAACAACCAUGGUUUGAUUUAAAUGAACAAGAUGAACAAUUGAUAAGAGAAUUUUUUCAACUUUCAAAUUCUGAUAAACAAAUAUCAUCUGAACAAAAAUCAUCAAAUCGUCGAUCAUUAUUAGUACAAUUGGCAAAUAUUGAUGAUAAUCAUCAACAUCAGCAACGUCAUGAACCAAAAUUUGAAAUAAUUUCAUUGGAUGAUAUUAUUCGACAUCAUCAUCAUCAUCAUCGUCGUCAUAGAAAUGUUACCAAUUCCAAACAACAACAACAACAACAACAAUCAACAACAAAUGAAUUAGUAAAUGGUCAACAAUCAAUAUUAUUUAUUCGUUCGAAUGAUGUUAAUCAUCGUGGUGGUCAAAAUGAUGAUAAUCAAAUCAAUCAGCAGCAGCAAUCAUCAUCAUCAUUAUCAUCAUAUCAUCGAUCAACAGUACAGAUACGUUUGGUGACCGAUGAUGAAGCCAUAAAACAUUUAUCCGAAAUCCUACGUACAUGUCCAAUAACGAAUGAUGAAAUCAUUGCAGCAUAUAAUCAAUUGGAACGUUUUAUUGAUCGUGAUAAAGUUCUUCAGAAUCUUUUGGAUGAACGAACAGAAUUUUUACGUAAAUUAAGUGAAUGGUCAGAAACAUUGCUAGAAUAUCCAACACAAUCAUCAUCAUCAGAUUUGGAUGGAAAUUUAUCUAGUCAAAGUUCCGAUGAUGAUGAUGAUGGUGAAAUAGAAGAAGAUGACGAUGAUGAAGAAAAACAAGAACGACAAAUUGGUCGUGAAUUAAAUCAAAUGGCAAUGAAAAUAAUAACAUUAAAACAACGACAACAAUUAUUAUCAAAUAUUGUUGCAAACAUACCAUUAAUGUUUCGUGAUGUAAAUGAUUUAAAUAUGUAUCGUAUAAAUAUGACUGAAACAUCACAAAUGUUAGAUUCCGAAUCAAUACAAUUAUUUCAUCGUUGGACAACAAAUAUAUCGAAAAAUAUUCAUUAUGAUUUAACUAAACAAUGUAUUAUUAUUGAUCAGCGUACACAACGUCCACGAAUAACAUUAAGUCCAUAUUUGGAAAAAUUUGCUCAAAAUAUACGACAAUUACGACAAUAUCAUUUUAUAAUACCCGAUGAUAUUGAUCGUAUGGAAUCAAAUAUAUCAUUAUAUAUUGAUUUUGUUAGUGAUCUGAGAAAAAUUAUCAGAUUUUAUAUGACUGUUGCUGAACAAAUAUUACCAAGUCAAAGACCAAUGUUAAUUGAUAAAGCACGUUCAUUUACAACAUUAUUAGAAAGUAAUCAACAAUUAACAUGGUCACAUGGUAUUGAUUCAAUUAGUAAAUGGAUUAAUGAAUUGAAAAAAUUUAUGUUAGAAUUUCAACAACAAAAUAAACAAUUACAACAAUUACAUUUAAAAAUAUUGGAAACAAUUAAAUGGAUGAUUGAUAUAUCAUUAACACAAUGGGAUCGUUUUAUUGAAAAAAUUCGUUUGAUUAUUGGUGAAGUAUCAUCGACAUCAACAAAUCAAUCAUAUCAAAAUACAUAUGUUUGGCGUAAACAUUGGGAUUAUCAAUUAUAUAAAAUUUUGGAAUAUUAUUUUAAUCAAUCAAUGAUGAUACGUAUAAAUAAUCGUCGACAAACAAAUAAACAAUCAGCAAUUAUGAAUCGUAUGAAAACAGCAAAACAGUUAAAUAGAUCAGCAACAACAACGAAUAAUGAUAAAGAUGAUGAAGAAAUGAUUAUAAUGUUUAAUAAUGUUGAUCAAGAUUUAUUACAAUGGGAACGUAUGAAUUUACAAAUAUCCAAUCAGGAUAAUAUAAUUGAAUUACAAUUUCAUUCAUCCGGGUUUGUUGUUUAUGAACCAUCAUUUGAAAAAUUAAAACAAUUAUUAUUUGAACGUUUUCAACGUUUCAUACGUUAUCCAUCAACAUUUCGUGCAUUUGUUGAUUGGUCAUUAGAUACAAAAAUUAAUCCAUCAUUAUCAUCGAUUGAUAAUUCAACGCAAGCGAAUAAAAAUAUUGUCAAAACACCACGAACAUUAUUUCAUAAUAUUUAUUAUCGAAAUGCAACGAAAUUUCAAAAUAUUUAUCAUAAAGUAUUUGAUGCAAUCGAUGAAUUGAUUCGGAUUCGACAACAAUUUAUUCAAUGGACUGCUAUUUAUAAUGUAAUACGAAUGAUAAAAUCUAAUAAUUAUGUUCAUCAUCAUCAUAAUGUUGAUGAUAAUGACAAUGAAAAACAAUCAUCAACAACAACAACAACAAAAAAAUCAACAAUAUUCAAUUGUAAAACAUUAGAAGAUUAUCAAUAUAAUUUACGUUUGAUAAAAAAUUUAUCAAAAAAAUUUUCAAAUAAAUAUUCAAUGAUAAAUGAAAUACAAUGUGAUUAUAGUAAUUUCAUUAUUAAUAUAAUACCGAUAAAAAUGUUUAUCGAAUGGUUAUUUAAUGAAUCGGAAAUCGUAUUGUUACAUUCAAUACGUGAUCAAUGUCAUUUGGAUCUAAAUCAAAUUGAACAAAUUUGUAGACAAAAUAUUGAUCAACUUAAACAUUGUCCAACGAAUAUUGAUGAAUUGAUUGAAUUUGAUCAGAUAAUCACAAAACAAUUGGAUAAAAUUCAUUCAAAAUUAACAAUCGAUACGGUAACAUUAAGGGAAAAAAUACAUUUUUUUCGUACAUGGUCAUCAUCAUCAACAACAGCUAUUAAUAAUCAAUCUUUAGAUCUUAUCAAUAGAUUUGAUCAAUUAAAAUUAAUUAUAAAUGAAUUUGAUAAUAUUUUCAAUAAUCGUAUGGAAUUAUUAACCGAUUAUCGUGAACAAUUACAAACAAAAAUUUCAAUAGAAUUAAAUCGUUUACAAGAAGAAAUUGAUAAUUUUUUACAACGUUGGAUUGAAUUAUCGGAUAAUAUUAAACAAACACCUGAAAUUAUUAAUGAUUUUCAAAUAAAUUCAAAUCAAUUGAUUGGAAAAAUGAAAGAAUUAUCGAAAAGUUGUGAAUAUUUUCAAUUAGAACAACCACGUUCAUUUGAAUCAAUGAAUAAAAUUAAUAAUGAAAUACAGGAAUUAUAUGAAAAAUUUCAUAUAAUUUAUGAAUUUGAAAAAGGUUUACAACAAUAUCAAGAAAUGGAAUGGAUUGUUUGUCGUAAUAAAUUAUCAAAAAUUAAUCAAUAUAUUAAUGAUUGGUUGGAACAACAUCAUCCAACAACAUUAUCAAAUGAUCAUAAUGAUGGUUAUCUACAAUCAUAUAUUGAACGUUGGAAAAAAUUUCUACAAACAAUUGAAAUAUGUCGUGGUGAUAAUUAUCAAUCACUACAUUGGAAUCAAUUCCUUCGGAAUAUAUUAAAUUUAACCGAUAUAAAUUAUGAAAAUUUAAAACUUUCAGAUUUAUGGUCGAAACAGGAAAAAUUAUUAGAAAAUCGUUCAGAAAUAUUAGAUAUAAAUAAACGUGCUUAUAAUGAUAAUCUAUUACGUGAUGCAUUAAAUGAUUUAAAUCAAUUUGCAUUGAAUGGACAAUUUAUUUUAUAUCCAUAUCGAAUGAAAAAUAAUAUUGAAAUUAUGUUAAUAAAAGAUUGGUAUCAAUGUUUUAAUCAAAUAUCUGAUUGUUUUCUUCUUAUACAAACAAUACGUAAUAUGGAUAAUGAUGAAAUAUCCGAUGAAUAUUUACAACAAUAUCAAGAAUGGGAAACAAAAUUAGUACAAUUUGAACAAUUAGUUUUAUUAUUGAAUUCAAUACAAAGAAAAUGGAUUUCAUUAGAACCAAUUUAUAAUGAUCAUCAUCAUGGUUCAUCAUCAUCAUCAACAUUAUCAUCAAGUUUUUUUCAUGAUUUAACAUUUGUUCGUUAUUCAAAUGAUUUUCAAGAAUUAAUGAAAUUAAUUAGACAAAAUAAUGGUCGUUUUUCAUAUCUGAUACAGGUGAAAAAUUGGGAAAAUCGUCUACGGAUUAUUGAUCAAAAUUUUCAACAAACACAGAAAAAAUUACGUUCAUUUAUAGAAGAAUCAAGACAAAGAUUUCCAAGAUUUUAUUUUCUUGCUGAUGAAGAUUUAUUAUUAAUAUUAUCCGGUAAAAUUGAUCUUAAUCAAUCGGGUUUAGUUAAAAAAUUAUUCAUUAAUACAAUUGGUUGUUUAGUUUAUCAUCCGAAUGAUCAACAACAGAUCAUUGCGAUUGAAUCAAUACAAGGUGAACGUAUUCAAUUGAAAAAAUCCAUUCAAAUUGAUAAUAAUCAUGGACCAUCUUGUAUUGAACGUUGGCUACAAGAUUUGGAUUUAGAAAUUAAAUCAACAUUAAAAUCAAUUUUUUUAGAAAAAUUAUCACAAAAACAUUUUGUUUAUAAUGAUAAUGAAUUAUUUACAAUAAUUCCAUCACAAAUUUUAAGUUUAUAUUGUUAUUUGGAUUUUACUGAAUCAAUUGAAAAUGCAAUCGAUAAUAAUAAACUUGUUGAUUUGAAAAAUUAUUAUGAACAAAUUCUAUCAACAUUAACUAAAGAUGUUGAUCAAUUUCAACAGAAAAUUAUUGAAUUAUUAUCGAAAAAUUAUUCCGAAUCAUCUUCGUCAACAGCAACAGCAAAUCAAAUCAAUCAGAAUUUAUCGAAAAUCAAAAUCAAACAAAUUGUAUUGGAUAUUAUUCAUUAUAUAAAUGUUAUUGAAACAUUAAUCGAUUCAAAUGUAAAUGAUCGAAAACAUUGGUGUUGGCAAUCACAAUUAAGAUUUUAUACAAAUCAAUCAUCAUCAACAGCUGAAAUAAAAAUCUGUAUGGGUUUAGCAGAAUUUGAUUAUUCAUUUGAAUAUCUUGGUUGUUUAGGUGAUUCAAAACUUGUUUAUACAACAUUAACAAAUAAAUGUUUUCUAACGCUGACACAGGCAAUGGAUUUAGGUUUAGGUGGUAAUCCAUAUGGUCCAGCUGGUACUGGUAAAACUGAAAGUGUUAAAGCAUUAGGACAAUAUUUUGGCCGUCAAGUUUUAGUAUUUAAUUGUGAUGAAGCAAUCGAUGUUAAAUCAAUGACACGUAUUAUUGUUGGUCUAAUUAAAUGUGGAAAUUGGGGUUGUUUUGAUGAAUUUAAUCGUUUACAAUUGGAUGUUCUAUCGGUAUUAUCAUCACAAAUACAAGAAAUACAAUGGGCAAUAAAAAAUCAAUCAAAAACAGUUAAUCUUAAUGAAUAUGGUACAAUAAAUAUUAAUAAUAAUGCUGCAAUAUUUAUAACAUUAAAUCCAGCUGGUAAAGAUUAUGGUGGUCGUAAUCGUAUACCGGAUAAUCUUAAAUCAUUAUUUUUACCUGUUGCAAUGACAAUACCGGAAAUUAAAACCAUCGUAAGAUUUUUAUCAUUAGCUGAAGGAUUUUCUGAUCAAGCAACCAGAAUACUUGGUGAAAAAAUACCAUGUUGGUUUGAAUUUGCACAAGGUAGUAUGUCACAACAAAAACAUUAUGAUUGGGGAUUACGUACAAUAAAAGCAUGUUUAGAAUCAAGUGGACGUCGUUUAAAUAAUAAUCGUAAAAUAAUGUUAAAUAAUGAUCAUCAAUCAUUGGAUGAAUGUCAAUUAGAAAUUCAAUUAGUUAUCGAUACAUUACGACAACAGAUUAAAUCAAAAUUAGUUGAUACGGAUUCAUUAAAAUUUGAUGGUUUAAUUGAAGCUGUUUUUGGUUUAGAAUUCGGCAACAAUAAUAAUAACACUAAUGAUAAUAAUCAACAACAACAACAACGAUCAAUAAUGAAAAUAAAUUCACAAUCAAAUUCAGAUUCAUUUGUUGAUAUAGUUGAAAAUUGUUUUAAUGAAAAUAAUCUUAUUAAUAAUGAAUAUCAAUUGGAAAAAAUACAACAAUUAUAUGAACAAAUACAGAUACGUUUUGGUGUUGUAUUGAUUGGACCAUCUGGUUCGGGUAAAACAACAAUUUGGCAAAUGUUAAAACGUUCAUUAGAACAAAUGUCAUCAUCGACAACAACAGCAACAAAUAAAUUUCGUUCAAUCAAUUUGAUUAUAAUUAAUCCAAAAUCAAUGCAAAGAUCAUCAUUAUUUGGUUAUAUUGAUGAUGAUACACGUGAAUGGCAUGAUGGUUUAUUUUCAGCUAAAUCACGUGAUAUAACACGUAAUGAUAAUGAUAUUAAUGGUGAUGAUAGUAAUAAUUCAAUGAAUUGGAUAAUAUUUGAUGGUGAUAUUGAUCCGGAUUGGGUUGAAGCAUUGAAUUCAGUACUGGAUGAUAAUCGUGUAUUAACAUUACCAUCUGGUGAACGAAUUGAUUUUGAUUUAAAUCAUUGUCGUAUAUUAUUUGAAACAACAUCAUUAAAAAAUGCAUCACCAGCAACAAUAUCAAGAUUAGGUGUUGUAUCAAUCGAUAUGAUUAUGAUUAAUGAAAUGGUACAAUGUUUUGUUGCAAAAAAUCAGCUAUCAUUCACUGCAAUAUCAAUUAUACAGAAUUAUCUGAAUCAAAAUCAUCAACAAUUAUUUUCACCAAUAUCGACAGCACGUUCAAUGUUAGAACAUUUUCGUUAUUGUCAAUUAAAUCAUGAAGAUGAAUCAAAUGCUAUUGAUCGUAUUUCUGGUCAUUAUUUUUCACAGCAACAACAACAACAAUCAACUAAUAAUGAUUAUGAAAUCAAUCAAAAUAAUCUAAUAAUAACUGAUUCAAUAAAACGUUAUCAAGAAAUGUUAAAACCAUUAAUCGGUCAACAUAUUCUAUUGAUUGGACCAAUUGGUUCGGGUAAAACAAUUUUAGCACAAGAAUUAUUAUUUCAAUCAAUGAAUGGACAAUUAUUAUCGAUUGAUUGUACACCAACAACUGAUUCAAAAUUAUUAUUAAAACAAUUAUUCGAUUGUACAACAAUUGUACAUUCAGGUACAAAUCGUAUGAUUAGAUCAAAAAUUAAUGGUCAACAAAUUUGGUUAUUCAUUCGACAUUUAGAAUUAUUAACAUAUGAUAAAUGGUCAUCAAAUUCAUUAAUAUCAUUAUUAACAUUAUUAUUAAAACAUAAUGGUUUUCAUCAUCCCGAUACAUUUGAAUGGAUACAAAUUGAUCCAACAUUUCAAUUAAUAUUAACCUGUACAGAUAUUCACUUGAUUGAUAAACGUUUAUUAACACAAUUACAUUUAAUACAAUUACAACGUUAUUCAUUGAAUGAAAUUCAACAAGAUUUUCUUAAAAUCGGUAUCGAUAUUAUUGAUUCAUUAAGACAUUAUGAUAAUCAUGAUGAACAAUCAGUACAAUAUGAAAUUUAUAGAACAUUAAUGAAUAAUUUAACUGAAGAAUCAAAUCGUCAAAUAUUAAAAACAAUGAUGGAUCAUAAUGAUAAUCAGAUAUUCUAUACAAGUAUUAAUGGUCAAUCAAAAUAUCGUUUAAUUAAUAAUGAACAAUUUUGUUUACAAAUACAAAAAUGGAUACGUAAUUAUUGUCAGGAAAAUGAUUUAAAUCGUCCUGAAUGGCCACAAUUAAAACAAACAAAAUUAUUAAUUGCUGAUUUAUGUUCAUUUUUAGCUAUUGAUAAUAAUAAUAAUAAUGAAAAAAUUACAAUUAUAAAUAAUCAAAAUCAAUCAGAUUCAUUAUCAUCAUUAAUAAAUCCAAUAUCAAUAAUGAUUAUAUUAGGUAAUAAUGGUAUGGGUAGAAAAUUUUUAAUUAAAACAAUUGCACAUAAUUUUGGUUAUGAUAAAAUAUGGACACCAGAUUCAAUACAAUCGGAAAGACAUUUAAAUAAUGAAUUACAAACACUGUUUAAUUAUGAUGAUCAAUCAACAACAACAACAACAACAACCGCAGAUGAUAAUCGAAAAUUAUUAUUAUUAUUAAUUGAUGAAAUACAUUUUGAAAUAUUACCAUAUUUACGUGAUCAAAUUUAUACAAAAAUUAAUAUUUAUAAUCAACAACAACAACAACAAUCGCAGCAACAACAACAAAUUUCAAACAUAACAAUAAGAUUAAUAAUAACAACCACCGGGUUAACAUCGAUGGAUCAUUUAAUGUGGUUACGAAAAGCACGUAUACAUCGUUCAUUACCAUUUACAUCAGAUGAUUAUUAUCAUCUUACUAAAGGAUUAAUUUAUUCACAAAUUGAUAAACAAAAACUUUUUGUUGAUGAUGAUGAUGAUUCAAUAAUAAAAAUGUUUCCAAAAAUUUAUCAACAUUUUCAACAACAAGAUCAAUCAAAUACAAAUAAUAUGGAUAAUAUUCGUAGUUAUACUGAUUUUAUACAAAAUUUUAUACAAUUAUUUCAUUAUCAACAACAACAAACUGAUGAUGAAAAUAAACGUAUGAAAUUAGGUGUUGCACGACUUGAUCAAGUAUCAAAUCAAGUAAAAAUACUUAAAAAUGAUGCAUAUGAACAGAAAAAAUUAUUAGAUUCAAAACGUACUGAAGCUGAUGAUGCAUUUCAAAUGAUAAUGAAUUCAAUGCAUCAAUCAGAAGAUAAAAAAAUUGAAUUAGAAGAUGUACAACAACGUAUGAAAAUUGAAACCGAUAAUCUAAAAGAACGUAAAUUAAAAAUCGAUGAAGAAUUAAAUGAAAUUGAACCAAUUUUACAAUCAGCUAAAGCAGCAAUUGGUGGUAUACGUUCAGAUUCAUUAUCAGAAAUUCGUUCAUUACGUGCACCGCCGGAAAUUAUACGCGAUAUUUUGGAAGGUGUUUUACGUUUGAUGGGUGUUAAUGAUACAUCAUGGGUAUCGAUGAAAACAUUUCUUUCGAAACGUGGUGUCAAAGAAGAUAUUAUGAAUUUUGAUUGUCAUAAAAUUACACCAGAAAUUCGACAAAAAGUUGAACAAUUAUUAAAAAAACGUUCAGAAAGUUUUCAACUAACAACAGCAAAACGUGCAUCAGCUGCUGCAGCACCAUUAGCUGAAUGGGUUAAAGCAAAUGUUGAAUAUUCAAGUGUUUUACAUAAAAUUGAACCAUUAGAAAGAGAAUUGAAAAAAUUAGAAACCAAUUUACAUCGUGCACAAUCACGUAUACGAACAUUAGAUUCACAAUUGAAUGAUGUUGAUACUGAAGUUGAUAAAUUACGUGAACGUAUGCAAGCAGUUACAAUUGAAGCAGCUGAAAUUGAAAUUAAUUUAAAAAAAUCGGCAAAAAUUCUUGAACAAAGUGAAACAAUUGUUAAUGAUCUUAGCGAUGAAUAUCAACGUUGGAAUGAAAAAUUAUUACAAAUUGAAAUUGAAUAUCGUCGUAUGCCAUUAAAAUGUAUGAUUAUUGCAGCAUACCUAACACAGGCAUGUCGUGAAUCAAGUUAUUCACGUCGGACAGAAAUUCUUUCCGAAUGUUUUGAAAAAUUUCAAAUAAAUUCAUUUAAUUUAAUUGAAUUUUUACAAUUUGAAACCGAAGAAGAAUUACUUUUGUUUGGUCAAACAUUAUCAUCAUCAUCAUCACAUAAAGCAUUGAAUCUAUUUAAAAAUGUUGAAAUUACAAAUUUCAAUGCAAAAGAUUGGCUUAAAAUAUUAGAAUUAGGUAUACGUUUUGGUCGUACAAUAAUCAUAACAGAUUUCAAUCAAUUUGAUCAACGUUUAAUUCCAUUAAUAAUGGGUUUGAUUUAUGGUUCAUCAAAUGAUCAAAGAUAUUGGACUUAUAUUGUUUCAUCAUUAACAUUGGCCAAUAUACGUGUUGUAAAUCUUUCACCAAGUUUUAGUAGUAUUUCAACUAAAUUACUUGGACAAAUUAUUGAUGUUAAAAAACCGGAAUUAGAAACGGAAAAAAUUCGUAUAGAUAAUUAUGUUCGUGAUCUACAAAAACAAUUAAAACAAUUUGAAAAUGAAUUAUUAAUAAAAUUAUCAUCGAUUGAUGAAACGGGAAAUAUCCUGGAAAAUCAACCAUUAAUUGAACAAUUAAAAUUUCUUAAAAAAUCUACUGCACAAAUUGAAAUUUCAUUAAAAGAAUCGGAUCAUUUAAAAUCGGAAUUAGAAAGGGAAAGAAUUCAAUAUAAAAAUCUAUCACAAUUUGCAGCAAAUCUUUAUUUUUCAAUUGAAAACCUUUCGAAACUAUGUCCAAUGUAUUAUUUUGGUUAUGAAGAAUUUGAACAAUUAUUUAUUGAUUCAUUACGUUCAAAAUCUGAAAAUGAUAUAUUUACUGAAGAUGAUUUAUGUUUUGCAUUUUAUAAUUAUAUAUCAAGGGCAUUAUUUAAUGAACAUAGACGUACAUUUAGACAAUAUUUGAAAAAUUGUUUUCCAAAACAAUCAACAUUAAUUAUAUCAUGGGAUAAUGAUACAAAUCAACAAAAUAUUGAUGAAUUUCUUAUGGAAAUAUUUCAAUCAAAUACUACUUGUUUUGGUGGUAAAAUUGCAUUAAUAAUAACUGUACCUGGUUCAGAUCCAAAUACAGAGAUAAAAAAUUCAAUGGAAAAAUUUGGUUAUGAUUUACAAAUGAUUUCAAUGGGUAAUGAAACUAUUGAUCAGGUAUCAUUAUUGAUACAGAAUAUGAUUCAAACUAGUGGUGGUGGUAAUCGUCAACAACAACAACAACAACCGAUGAAAUCCUUUAGCACCAAACAACAACAACAACAACAAUCAAAACCGAUAAAAGUUUUAUGUUUGAAUAAUCUGCAUUUAGUAAUUGGUUGGCUAACCAAAUUAAUACAAAUUUUACAAUCAUCGUCGUCUUCGUCAAAUAAUUCACGAAUGUUAAUGUUACCACCAUUAAUUUUAGUAACCGAAUCAAAUGAACAAUUUCCACGUACAUUAUUGGAAAUGUGUAUAAAAUAUGCACAUGAAUCAGCACCCGGUUUACGUUCACAUUUACGUCGAUUACGUUCACAACAAUCACAACAACAACAACAACGAUCAACAACAACAAAUAACAAAAUCAAACCCGAUAAUAAUUCUUAUGGAAAAUUAUUGGAAAAUUUUGAAUAUUUUCAUGCAAUUUGUUGUGAAAGACGUUUCUAUAUUCCAUUUGGUUGGAAUAAAAAUUAUGAAUUUAGUUUUAAUGAAUUUUAUUUUGGUUGUGAAAUUAUUGAAAAAAUAUUAGAUUUUGAUCGAUUAUUAGAUCAACGACAACAACAACAAAAAUCAGUGAAAAAUAAUCAACAACAACAACAACGAUAUAAAAUUUAUCAAUAUUUAGAUGGCCUCUUUCAUCAGGUUAUUUAUGGUGGUAAAAUUGAUUUUAAUAUUGAUGAAUUAGUAUUAAAGUUAUUAUUGAAACGUUGUUUUCAUCCGAAUUCGGAUUUUCAACAAUAUUUAUCGAAAAAUUCAAAUCAACAAAAAGAUCAACAAGAUUCUGAUUUUCGUAUGCUCGGUUUACCGUUAAAUGCAAAUGAAUUUCGUAAUCGUUUAUUAGAUAAACGGUUGAAACAAAAUUUACAAUUAUUAUCUAUAUCUAAACAACAACAACAACAACAACAGAAUCAACAACAACAACAAGAAUUACAACAACAACCAUCAUCACCAUCGUCAUCAUCAUCAGCAGCAACAUCAACAACAACAUCGACAGCUGAAACAAAAACAAAAACAACAACAUUAAAUCCAUCUGGAAUAAAAUAUUUUCGUAAAAUAUGGAUACGUAUACUAGGUAAAUGUCGUAUCGAUCAAAUUGAUGAUUUACGUGAAGAAAUGUCAAAUAAUUCAAUUGUUGAAUCAAGUUUUCUAGAUGCAUCAACAUUAAAUUUAUUCAUACGUGGUUUUAUAUUGUUUGAAUUUGAUUUUGCAAAAAGAUUAAUAUUACAAAUUGAUCAUGAAUUACAAACAAACGAAUCAAUUAAUAAUAAUAAUAAUAAUAAAGAUUUAGAUCAUUAUUUACAGAUUAAUCAUACACCAGAUUCAUGGUUAAAUGUUUGGCUAAAUGGUUCGGAAAUUGCACAAGAUUUUCUUAUUAAUUUAGCUAAAAUUUAUAUGAAAUUAUCAAAUAUUAUAAAUACAAAUGAUAAUUCAUCAAUAUCAUUUGAUAUGACACAUUGUUUUCAUCCAAAAUUAUUUCUAAAUUCAUUAAAACAAUUUGUAGCAAAAAAAUUAUCAACAAGUAUUGAUCGAUUAUUUAUUGAUUAUCAAUGGACAACAACAACAAAUGAUCAUAAUGAUCAACAACAACAAAAUGAAUCAACAAUAAUUAAAAUACGUUUAGAUGGUAUUUGGAUUGAAGCAGCAGAAUUUUUCGAUCAACAAUUACAAGAAUGUAGUUCGGAUUCAAAAUUUCAAAAUUUAAUGCCACCAUUAAUGAUGAUAUUUUCAACAAAAUCAGAUCAACAACAGCAAUCCAAUGAUCAAAACUCCAUUCAAAUACCAUUAUAUUCAUGUUCAAAACGACAAACAUUAUUAGAACAAUGGCCAUUACCAUGUUCAACAACGAAACAACCAACAACAAAACAAUCAACAUCAAAUGAACGAUGGAUUGAAAUGGGUGUUGCAUUAGUAUUGGGAAAUUUUAUUUAGUCAUCCAAUAUUCAAAACAUUGUAGUUAGUAGAAUGUUUAUUAUAAAAAAAAAAUUAUUUAAUAUUAAAAGUAUU